UUUUGUAAGAAUUCAUUUUUGUAAGAAGUUGGGAAAUGUAUAAAAUGGAAAUCAUUUGGUUAUAUUCUGUAGUUGAUUGUCGAAAGUUGCUGUAUCUUAAAUAGAAUAGAAAAACCUAAAAAUGAAUGAAAUUAGUUUUACUUUGCUAGUUCUGAUUUUAAGAAACGUGGCGUGGAUAAACUCAUGUGGUCAUGAUUUUAUUCUAAACACAAAUGCUACAAAUCAAGAUGAUGAAUUGGUCUUGAAAUCGGUGUCAAAUAAAAUUUUCGAAAUUGCAACAAAAUAUGCAUCAUGGGUAAAUUUAAUUUACAGUAGCCAAGAUACAAAUAAGCUUGAAAGUUUUCUUUUUAAAAAAAUGAUCGAUUUGCCUGUAUAUUCACUUACAAUAGACAACUUUGAAUUGGAACCAAAUCGUAAUUUUACAAGUAUAAACAUAUUUAUGAUGCCGGAAAGUAAAAUAAACAAUACAAUGUUUCAUAAAGGAAACGUGGACGUUGUUACAAUUGUUCAUCAUCGUAAAAUUUAUACUUUUGAGCCAUAUACCGAGAAAGGAUUUCAAAUUAAAUUGAUUAAAAAUAAUAAAUACUUUUAUGAUAAACUUCGCAACUUACAUAAAUUGCAAUUAAAAAUUUCGAUGUUUUCUGACCAAGUUCGGGCAAUUCCGAAUAAGAACUUUAAAAUUAAUGGUUUUUCAGCAAUUGAUGGGAUGGUUGCAAAAACUAUAAUAAAUAAAUUGAAUGCGACUGCACUAUAUAUUACACCAGAAGACAAUGAGAGUUACGGUGCGUGCAGAAAUGGAACUUUUACUGGCGUAAUAAAGGAUGUGACUUCCGGAAUCACACAAGUUGCAUUUAAUACACGUUUUGUUUUGAAUUGUAUGGAAAAUCAUAUAGAGCAGCUAUAUCCUUAUCAUAAGCGAAAACUCUAUUUGGUAGUACCAGCAGCCAAAAUGGCUCCACAAUACUUAAUUUUUGUUAAUACGUUUACCAAUUCAGUGUGGCGUUUAUUACUGACAAACUACUUGUUCGUUUGUAUAUUUUACAUAGUUCUGUUAAAAGUUACGACUAGAAUAAUAAACAAUUAUAAUGUUAAAAAAUUAAAGUUAUUGCAAAUAUUAGAAUUAUUUGUUAAAACACAAUUAGGUGAACCGGUUGAGGGUUUCACUAAAAUAAACUCAUUCCGUCUUUUCCUGAUAAGUUGGAUACUAUUUAGCUAUGUUCUGACAAGUAUUUAUUUUGCGAAAUUAGAAAGCAGUUUUGUGCAGCCUACAUAUGAAUCGGAACUAGAUCACCUUGAUGAUUUAUAUAAAUUAAAGGUUCCAAUAUAUGCUGUUAAUAACCUUUUAGAUGCAGUCAAAGAUGGCUUAGAAAGGAAACACUGGGAACAAAUUAAAGCUAGAUCGAUUGAAUUGCCAUUAAACUUUACUUACUAUUCUUAUACUUUACCAAUUGUUGGAAAAACAAAGAAAAAUGUUGCAUUUAUUUUACGCAAAGAAAUUGCGAAUGAUCUUUUAGUUAAUACGUUUAAUUUUGAAGAGAAACGCCCAUCAUUUCAUAUUGUUAAACAGUAUUUAAGAUCGAUGCAGCGUACAUAUGUCGUUAGUCUAGGAUCUCCAUAUUAUCAUAAAUUUCAACAAUUAUUGGAUGCAUUUUUUGAAUACGGCUUAUUACAUCAUUGGCUCCAACGUGACACCUAUCACCGACAAUACAGUCGUAACUAUUAUACCGAUAACAGGGGAUUUCCGUUUGAGUUUUCAAGUAUAUCAGACAUUGAUGAUGAUUAUAUCCCAGCAAAAGUCGUUUUGAGUUUAGACAUUUUGCAAGGAUCUUUUUAUUUGUGGUCCAUUGGAUUAUUAUUAAGUUUAAUUGUAUUUUGCGUUGAGUAUGUAAUUGUAUACUACAAACAGAUUAAACGAUAUUAAAAAUAUAAAAAAGUUAACUAUCCUUUCCCUGAUUAUAUUUUAGGACUAUACGUCGGAUCUUGAUGGUGAAUGAUCCAUAUCUUCCGAAAAAGAAAUGGUUGUAUACCAUUCGGAAUUGACCGUUUUACGUUCCUGUAAUGGUGUCCGUAUAGUUGCCACUUUUUCCACUUCUUGUUUUCUACAUUUUUGAUAAUUGUAGAUAAUUGAUAAUUUUAAUAAUUUUGUUGUUUUUAGUACUUUAUUUUUUCUGAUGACCAC